GGGAAAUUCGGUGAAUUGAGGAGACGUCAGUUUCCAGCUGGUCGAGUGUAAAUUGUCGGGAGUUGUUUUCUUUCUCGAGUUAAGUAACGAAAAGGGAAGGUUCCACUUGCCCGAAAAUUCCAGUUUUCCGUUUGCUGUCCGCGUACAUUCUUUUGAUUGUCGAAGAAAUUUCAUAUUGUUCUGAUUUUGUGCAAUUUAGUGAGUGUCGUAAAAUUUGAAAUUGUCUGAGGAAGAAAUACCAAGUGCAGUUGUCCAGUGACGGUGAAAUCUUGCGAAUUAAAAUUGCCUUCUCUGAAACGUUUGGUGUGUGGGCUGUCCUUGUGAGUGGCUGCUAUUGCAGUUAGAAACUACAAAGAGGAGAAAAUCGUUUGGGGGCUUAUUGCGGUGAGCUUGCCGUUGCCGUUUGACUUCCGGUGGUGCUUUGAUUUUCCAGCUCGCUGGGCGAUGGAAAUUUAGAUGUUUACGCGAGCCAAGGAGAAGGGUAGCAGUCAGCGUGUAAAAGGCGAUCAAAACAGUGAAAGCACAACAACAGAGAACAGAGAAUCCUAGCAGCAACAUGGCGGUGGUGCGUAAGAAACAAGACGACAAGAAUCUGAAAACUCUCCGGGAGCUGGUGACCAGCGGAGGCUCCGGGGGGAAUCGCCAGUGCUUCGAUUGCGGCCAGAAGGGGCCCACGUAUGUCAACAUGACAAUCGGCUCAUUUGUAUGCACCCGGUGUUCCGGAGUACUACGUGGCCUUACACCUCCCCAUCGUGUCAAAUCAAUAUCAAUGGCAACAUUUACGCCAGAGGAAAUUGAAUUCUUAAAAUCGCACGGAAAUGACGUUUGCGCGAAGACAUGGCUUGGAUUGUGGGAUCCAAAACGAAUUAUUCAUCAGGAUCAAAGAGAGCUUAUGAUAGACAAAUACGAAAGAAAACGUUAUUACUUGGAGCCUGCUAGUCCUUUGAAAUCGUUAACAAAUAAUGCUGCAACGAAGGCACCGCCUACGAUGAAUGGAAACACUGUAAAUGGAACGAGUAAUGGAAUUCAUUUAAAUGGAAAUAGUAACAUUCAUCUUAACAAUAACAGUUCGAAACAAGUGGCUGAGAAUAAUCUAAAGAAUAUUGCAUUAGCGCCGCCGUCAACGCUGCAUCUCUCUAAUAAUUCUAUUAAUAGUAGUUCUAGUAGUACUAAUAGUAGUCGACAACAAAAUAGGUAUAAUAAUUUUCAAAAUCAAUUCACACCGGAUGAAAAUGGUUUCUUCGACUCAACAUCAUCAUCUGCAAAUAAGCUACAGAACAAUAAUAACGUAAUCAACGGCGGCAACACUAACUCUAAUACUAGUCACCUAACAAAUGGCGGCUUGAAUCCUCUAACAAAUCAUCUAAAUAAUUGUCAAAUAAGUAACAAGAAUAGCCUCAACGUUCAGAAUUCAGAUAAUUCGAAUUUUCUAAGUAAUAAAUUCACACCGGAUUCAGAGUUUGUUGCGGAUUUCGGGUCAGCGAAUAUCUUUAAUGCUGUUACCAGUGGUGCUGCCGUCAGUGCAAAUGCAUCUAAUAAAUCACAGGCGAAUUCCUUGAAUGGAUUUAAGAUUCAUCAGAACGGAACGAACGGACACAAUUUCAGUAAUGGCGAAACAACUGCCAACGCAGCCGCACCAACAGUGAAUGGAAAUAGCAAUUCGAGCUCAAUAUCAAACGCAAAUGCUAAUUUUGCAGAUUUUGAUCAUGCGUCUAUCUAUAAUGCUGCAGUUUAUCAGCCCAGCAUUUACGAGAAUGCGACCAUCAACAACAACUACACCAGUAGCACUAGUGACUUGUUCGCAAACAAUCUCAGUUAUCGGUCAGAUCUGUUUAGUAGUACAAACAACAGUAGCGCCCUGUCCAAUAACAACAACUCUACCGUCCAAACCACGAGUAACUUUUUCAACGACAUCAGUGGAUUCAAUUUCACUAACUACCCUCCGCCCUUACAACAACAACAACAACACCAACAACAGCAACAACAAUGGAAUAUUUGGCAACAAUUCCAAUCGCCUUUUUCAACACCAAGUCCCGAGCAAAGUCGUUGGAGUCUUCCGAUGUCGUUGAACUCAACGAGUAAUUCACUUUCAUCAAGUGCCACAUUUACUUCGAAUUCAUCGAUAAAUUCCACACCACCGGCUGAUCGUUAUGCAGCUCUCAAGGAUCUUGAUGAUCAGCUUCGUGAAAGUAAAACAUCGAUAAAUGGAAGUGCAUUCAAUUCGCCUGCUCCUGCAGCAGCAUCACCGAAUCCUUUCACCCAGUCAACGCCCAUUGCGAUUACAGGAACAGCUACACAACAAUCCCAUCAAAUCGGCAAUCCAUUUCAGACACCGUCAGCCGCCAAUGUAUUUGCUGCAAGCAGUCAGCCCGGGCUAUUUGGAGGAGCGAGUAGUCCACCGUUUACUGCCACUCAACAAUCUUUUCUAGGAUAUAAUAACGGAUAUGGUGGGGGCGGUUCGAAUGCCACGACUAUUCUACCUAACGGUGGAGCUCUAAAUAAUGGAUGCGGUGGCCUUGCAUAUGUACCUCAACAAAUGACUACCGGCAGCAAUGCAGUUAUUACGAACAUAAAGAAUCCUUUUGCUACUGUCAACUCUCUCAGCAAUUCCAACAAUCCGUUUUUAUGAAGACGUUACUACUGGAGCGGAACAGCUUGUGAAAACUAGCGGAAAUAAAUACCUUCAACUUUUUUAUUUGCAAUUAUUUCUAUAGGAGUAAGUGGCAUCGUUACGAAGUACGCGAAUAUUUUUCCUGUUUUAUUUUGCUAUUUCAAGAGAUGUUUACACAAUUUUUCAAAGCUUCGGGGUCAGAUCGAAUGAAACAAACCGAGAGAAGGUUACAUUGUUGUAUAUUUUUUGAAAAUAUUUGUAGUUUGAAAAUAAUUUAUUGUACAUGAGAUCCGUUCAUAGAAAGAAAGCAGCCCGUCAAUGGACAAUAGAGGAAUUGAUUGGAUAAUUCACUGGGGAUGUGAACAAGGAUUUAGUGAUAGCAAGUUUCGUGUAAAAUACGGCAAAACAAUAUCCAGAUAACUCAAAAUCAAAACGAUUCUCAGUGGUGUUUAGGAAAGAUUACUAGAAAUGCGGUAGUUGAACCAUUGAUUAGGACUACUGCACACUUUUCACAUGCUCGAACAAAAUCAAUCGAUAUAUAACCAAAAACAUAACUGAAUACAUACUAAAAAGUAAAUAAUCUAAUUUAAACUAAGCAGGAAAGAAACUAAUUGAAAUUUGUUAUGAAAUCGACUCUAAAAGAUUUUCUAACAGAUUCGAAAAAUUAUGUUUGGCCUUAAAUUUGUAUUGUAAUGUAUGAGAAAAUUAAAAUAAAGUAAAAUAUAUUUAUUUAUUCUAGCGAGAGCAGGGCAAACAGAUGUAAAUUGAAUUGUAGAGUUUGCAGAAAUGUUUAACGAGAGCUUCAAUCAGGAAUAGAGACAUUGAGCCUUCGCGUCGUAUGAGUGUUGAUGAUACAAAUUUUCACAGACGGUUUCUUCACAAUUUUGCAUAUAAAUAUUCAUACAGAGGCAGCAUUCUCGGUUUAAUUGUUAUGCUACCUACAAAUGAAUUCCCUUCAUGUUGAAUGUUUUAAUAAACAGCAAUUAUGGCUGGGGAUAACAAGAGUGUCAGACAUCAAGUUAAUUAGAGGACUUGAGAAGAAAGAUUUGCCCAAGUCUUUUACGUUAGUGGGUAGAUCAUCAUCUUCUCAAAACCCUAGUUUCGUUUUAAUGGCAUCAUUCAAAGUUUUUACACUCAUCCGUCCUCUUUCCAAGCCGUUAUUAUGCAAUCACGUUGUCCUUCAAUCUAUUCAAUCGUAUCUACUACUUACCAGGCCUUGAAAUCAUUUAGAUUUCAAGCCUGAUAGUUGUCCUACGAUUCAAUAACGCUUGUGCGGAGGAUUUCCUUUUACUGUAUGAAUUUCUAUAUGAAAAUU